UUCGAGCAGCACUAAGCGCUCGUGCUCUCCACAGAACAAUAACAAUGGAUACGGUACUCCGGACAGCUGUCUUUGUGUGGAUUUCAGCUGGAUUUCUGUGUGUAGCUGAAAGAACCGAGAACUGUCCAGGAAACAACUUCACGGCAAACUGUGAAUUUGUUUUCAGAAAUGUAUGUUUCGAGUUUGUUGGAGAACCGAAAACCUAUUCCCAGGCUAGGAGCAGCUGUGAAAAGCAAGGAGGAGAGCUCCUGAAGGUGAUGAACAACCCAACCAAAAUCUUCUUGGACAACAUAACUCAAGACUGGAACACCAACUUCAAUCACACAUGGUGGCUUGAAAAGACAGUUGGAGAGGAUAACUGGAAAUCCACCGAUAAAAACACCUCAUGCACAUACAUGAAGCUGAAUCCUCUCCAGCUCGUAACGUCUGACUGUAAAAAGAAAAGAGGCUUCCUCUGCACCCACAGUUUACAGUCUCCCUCAAACACAAAGUGUACCGAAAUUUCCAGCCAUGCAACCAAACUUCGGCACAAAAGGGCUCUACUUUCAGAUUUAAUUCCAAACCUUGACGAUCCAACAAUCCAAACAAUCCUUGAAAAAGCUUUGAAAACCUCAAACAUUAACAUAUUUCUCAAGGAUGCAGACAGAGUACUAAAUACGAUGGACGUGACACCAGGGGAACCGACAAAUAGCAACGGGAAAGCAUUCGUGAGUAAUUUGUUGAAAAGUGUUGAGUUACUGAACGUCUCAUUUGCUUUGAACAACACCGAGACACUCAAUCGCAUCCUCAACUGCAGCAGUGCCAUCCUGAGUCUGUCACUGAAAAACUGCGAUCUUAAAAACAACCCAAACCCUAAAGAUUUGUUUGAAGAUGUCUUUAAGAUUUUUGUGAAAGUUGCUAACCUGCUAUCAGGAGAGAACGAAUUUGUCAUGCAAUACCCAAUGGGCAUCAUUUAUCAGAAAACACAAAAACCUGCUGACAUUGGCAAUUCAGUGCUGGGUUCAGAAAAAGUUGGCAAUUUCGCUAAGCUCCCUUCAAAUUCAGUGCUUGGACCAGUGCUUAAUAAGUACAACAACAUCAUCUCUCAGAUGACUACGUUCAAUGAAAAUCCCUAUCCAUCUGAAGACAACAUAACAGGGAGUGUGUGCAGCCUUUCACUUAGUGAUGGAACGCAGGACAUUAAGGUGGCAAACCUGACAGAGAUGGUGGAGAUCUUUUUGGCUCGUCCAAAUGCUGCAGCUCUGAUCAACACUACUGUCGUGUUAGAGAAAAACUCAAAAUCGGUGACUACACUCAAUGUCUCAGACCCUAAUGUGACGAUCUUCUUCGGCGUGGAGCCCAAUGUGAAUGUGUCACUGGUUCUCCUCUUGUCUCAUGGGUUGCCUCCUAAUAACACAAACUACAGCAACAGAACUGUACUGAACCGCACAGAGGGAUUUCGCUGGAUGAUAACACCAGAGAUGUUACAAAAGACUCCUGGGAUUUGGUAUAUUGAUACAAGAGUUUCUGAUUCUGAAUGGCAGCCAGACAUGAACCUGAAGAUCACCACUUUUACGAGCAAGUGCCUGUACUGGAACACAGACGCAAAGGAAUGGAGCACUGAAGGCUGUAUGGUGGGGAAAGAAAGCACUCCGCAACGAACGCAGUGUCUCUGUAAUCACCUCACUAUCUUUGGGAGCUCCUUCUUUGUGAUGCCAAACUACGUCGACAUAUCCCGCACUGCGGAGCUGUUUGCCACUGUGAAUCAGAACUAUGUGGUGCUGGCCCUGCUGUGUGCAUUUUUCGGACUCUACCUGAUGACACUGCUGUGGGCCUGCUAUGCUGACCGGAGGGCACGCACAAGGAGAAAGAUGACACUCUUGGAGGACAAUCACCCAGCUGCACAGUACAGCUACCUGAUCGGCAUCCAAACUGGACGCCGCAGAAAUGCUGGGACCAGUGCCAAUGUCACAGUGAAGCUGAUUGGCUCAGAAGCAGAGAGUAACGUACACACUCUCACAGACCCAGAGAAGCCAGUGUUUGAGAGAGGAUCUGUUGAUUAUUUCGUGCUGACCACACCCUUCCCACUGGGUGAAGUGCAGACCAUCAGGCUGCAGCACGACAACUCUGGAGGUCAUCCAUCGUGGUACAUAAACAAAAUGACUGUACAGGACCUCCAAACGCGACACAUGUGGCACUUCUUUUGUGAAUGCUGGCUGAGUUCUGAGCGCGGAGACAGCAUGACCAAGAAAACCUUCAAUGCUGCAAAAGUCAACGAGGUUGCCAGCUUCAGGAACAUUUUCCAGACCAGGACAUCGACUGGUUUUAGAGACGAACACAUCUGGGUGUCCAUCGUGGAUCCUCCCUCACGCAGCCCGUUCACACGUGCCCAGAGGGUUUCUUGCUGCAUGUGCCUUCUGCUCUGUACCAUGGCCAUCAACAUCGCCUUCUGGAACAUCCCUGUGGAUCCAAACUCAACAGUACUCUUUUCAAUUGGUUCAAUAAAGAUGACCUGGCAGGACCUCAUGGUGGGCGUGCAGUGCGGUCUCCUCAUGUUCCCAAUCAACAUCCUCAUCAUCACAAUCUUUCGAAGCAUCAAACCUCGCAUAGUUCCAAAAUCUAAAAAAGCUGACCCUGAGGAGAACGUGAAACCCCCCAUAGUCAACAUACCGACUGUGCUGAGGGAUGUAGAGCAGAUCAUUUCUUUGGCGAGCAAGAGCCCAAGAAACAAGAUGUUAGAGAUGCACAGACUGGAGUCCGUUGUUGAUCUCUUCUCAGCCUUGGACAGGUUGAAUGAAUUAAUUCAGCACAUGCAAGGAGAGAGUGAGAGCGACCAUCACUUGGUGUACUGCAGCAAGUUUCUCCUAGCUAGUCUCUGUCAUCUCCUGAUGUGCCUGGAGAAACUGGAUUUCAGAUACUUUGCGACUCUAGACCAGUACCAGCAGGCCCUCAACUACACCAACGCACUGGUUCACAAGACUGAGAUGGUCUUCAGCAGCCACUUGGCCUACUGCCCACCACCUGCGAAGAAGCCAAAGAAGAAGGCAACGACCAUCCUGGGCUGUUGGCUGCCAUGGUGGUUUGUGUUUGUAGGCUGGUUCCUGUUGCUGUCCAUCAGCGGCAUUUCAACUUUCUUCACCUUGUUGUAUGGCUUUCAGUACGGCAAGGAGAAGUCCAUCAAGUGGGUCAUGUCUCUGGGCCUCUCCCUUUUCGAAAGCAUCUUUAUUCUGCAGCCUCUAAAGGUGAUAGGCGUUGCUGUGAUUUUCGCCCUGCUGCUCAAACCUGUAGCUGUAGACGAGAGUGAAGAAGUUGAGCAAGUCCUGUUAGAGCAACAGGAAAAGUGCAGACAGUACAGCGGCAGGGACACGAUGUGAGGUUACUGCAUUUGACGACACGAGCUGCCUCCUCUGACAUGCACAGCUGCGACACAUGC